AAGGAAAGGAUACUCUGAAAAAUAAGAAAGACAACAAGAAGACUGAUGAAAACGAAAAAACUUUUAAAAUAAGUCCAGCUGUUACCAGAAACAAGUCAAGAUUUAAGUUACAUUAAAAUCUGAUAACUGAUUUAACCCUCUGUAUAGAUAAAGAAUUCUUAUUUUUUCUCACAUUUCUUUAUUGUAAGAAUUUGUUUUAUCUAAAUAUUCAGAAUUUAAGUUUAAUAACUUCAAAGUGUUUAUUGUUUGUGAUUUAAUUCCAGAUAAAUAAACCCAAAAAUGGAAAAUUCAGAAAUGAACAAGCUAAAGAGGAAAUCUAAAGAAAUACCAAAAACACCAGUAAAAGUAGCAAAGAUUACAAGUCCUGGAAAGAAGUAUUCUCCAAGAAAAUCUAGAGCUACUCAAAUAUGGUAUCAGUGUUCAAAAUGUCAUAAAAAAACUAAAAAUAGGUCCAUGUUUUGUGGUGAAUACCAAUGCACUGGGAGAUUGAAUGAAAUCAUAGCUGUAAACAAAUCUCUAGGAGUAUAUAAACUUGAUGAUAAUAUAUGCUCCGUAAGAAGAAAUAUUGCAGGAAACGCGGUCAGAACAUUUGUAAACUUAAAAACAAGGGAAUGUAGUUUCUGUACAACAGAAUUAAAUUGUCGUCAUGUAAAAGCAGCUCAAGAGGAACAAAGUUUGAAUGUUCAAUGUACUCCAACAAACUGUGAAUCCAUGAACCAAAAAGAUCAAGAUUGGGUCACGAAACAAGCCAGUGAAGUAUAUAUUCUUGGAGAAGAAUCAAUUUAUUGUCUCAAAGAUAAUACAGAGCAUUUUGGGUUCGUCCAUUGUUCCAAGGUGAAGUGCUAUGUUUGUCAAAACAGCAGUAGUAUAAAUUCAGGCCCGAGGAAAACAGGUGCUACAUGUCCCCAUACGCUUGCACUAUUUGCUACAAUAGGUGAUGUAAACAGUGAGCAAUCACAAGAAGGCAAUUCACAACACUUUGAGACUAUGAAGGAAGUUUGCAGUAAUCCAAUUGAUUACAUUAAUUCAUCUAAAAUUCAGUUUAACCAAAUUAUUUCUGCAUACCCAACCCAUUUGAACAGAGAAGAAACUGAAAUCCCAGCGAAAUGAUGAACCAAUGGAUAUUCAAGAAUUCCUUACAGAACAAUAUAACUCUUGUAUCAAGUGUCCCAAUUGCACCGGCACAGGAUUGGUAAAUUACAAAUACAAUAAGAAUAAUGCAAGUGCGAAUUUCAUCACCAUGAGUACCAUUGUUAAAGUGAAGUUCAACGUGAAAUUCUGCGAAGAAUGUUCCAUUAUCGUUUAUCCUGAUCUAUCAUUGUACAAGAUGAUCAACUGUCACACAAGACUCAUUUUUACUUUUAAUGUGUACUUACUUGUCUUAAAUUACUUGCGUAAUUCGAGUUCAGUUAUUAAAGUACUAACUGAGUGGAUUGAUCAGUUGGCAGAUAAAUCUGAUAUUGAGAUACUAUCAGCACCAAACAUGGCUCAGGAUCUGUAUAGAACAGUGUUAUCUGUAGGUGCUGGGGUAAUUACCCAGGAUUGUCUGAAUUUUGUAACAUGUCCAAUCUGUGGACGUUUUCCACAUAUUACUUGUGGAGAUGGAAAUGUAAAAGAUGCUUCUAGAAUUCCAACAAAUUUGAUAUACAAUGAGGAAGAAGAAGAUAUAGAAGAUUUAUUCCAAUUCAAGAAUCUAGCAGCAACUGAACUCUUCACACAAAACAACACA